GGUAGAGGCCAUAAUAAUAAGUACAGAAGAAUAGAUUGUAGUCAAUAAAACACGUGUAGCGAUACUUUCUCGUUUAUUUUAAUAAAAGUGAGUAGAAAAAAAUGCCAGAAUCGGAAAGUGAAUUAUCAAAUACAGAAGAAACUAAUGGUGAUCAAGUAGCUUCGGAAGUACCCGAAGGUACGGAAAAUUUGCCAGUAACGUGGAAGGAUUUGGGACUUGUCGAUGUGUUGUGCAAAGCUUGUGAACAGUUAAAAUGGAAAGAACCGUCAAAAAUUCAAAAAGAAUCUAUACCUGUAGCGUUACAGGGAAAAGAUAUAAUUGGACUUGCAGAAACUGGAUCUGGGAAAACAGCGGCGUUUGCUUUGCCUAUAUUACAAGCACUUUUAGAGAACCCUCAACGGUAUUUCGCUCUAGUUUUAACACCCACUAGAGAAUUGGCUUUUCAAAUUUCCGAACAAUUUGAAGCAUUAGGUUCAAGUAUAGGUGUAAAAUGUGCUGUUAUAGUAGGAGGUAUGGACAUGAUGUCCCAAGCGCUAAUUCUAGCAAAAAAACCUCAUAUAUUAAUAGCAACCCCCGGUCGUCUACUCGACCAUCUGGAAAAUACAAAAGGUUUCAGUUUGAGAGCUUUGAAAUAUCUCGUUAUGGACGAAGCUGACAGAAUACUCAAUAUGGACUUUGAGGUCGAAGUGGAUAAAAUUUUAAAAGUUAUACCAAGAGAAAGGAGAACUUUCUUAUUUUCGGCGACUAUGACGAAAAAAGUUAAAAAACUGCAGAGAGCUUGUUUACAAGAACCAGUAAAAGUUGAAGUUUCCACAAAGUAUCAAACUGUCGAAAAGUUACAGCAGUAUUACAUUUUCAUUCCAGUUAAGUUCAAGGACGUUUAUUUAGUGAAUAUUCUCAACGAAUUGGCCGGUAAUAGUUUUAUGAUUUUCUGUUCGACGUGUAAUAAUACGAUAAGAACGGCAUUGAUGUUGAGAAAUUUGGGGUUAACGGCCGUACCUUUGCAUGGUCAGAUGUCCCAGAAUAAAAGAUUGGCCGCCCUGACGAAAUUCAAAGCUAAAAAUAGAUCGAUAUUGAUAUCCACCGAUGUAGCUAGUAGGGGUCUCGAUAUUCCGCACGUGGACGUGGUCAUAAAUUUCGAUAUACCCACGCAUAGCAAAGAUUAUAUUCACAGGGUGGGUCGAACGGCUAGGGCGGGUAGAUCCGGCAGGGCUAUAACUUUCGUAACGCAAUACGACGUCGAAUUGUAUCAGAGGAUAGAACAAUUGAUAGGUAAACAAUUGCCCCUGUAUAAAACUGAGGAGGACGAAGUGAUGGUACUGCAAGAAAGGGUUGCCGAAGCUCAAAGGAUAGCAAAAAUGGAAAUGAAGGACCUUUCUGAGAAAAAAAAUGGAAAAAGGAAAAAAGGGGGUGGUGGUGGGGGUGAUGAUGAUGAUACCGAGGAAGCCACCGGCGUGAGGAAGAGAUUGAAGGGGGGAAAACAGAAAAAAACUGGGAGGAAAAAAUAAAAUACAAUUUUUUUUGUAUAAUAAAUAUUCCGAGUGGAAAA